AUCUAAGUUUUAUCUGCUGAGCUUUGUGUUGUUUGUUUUUUGUCUAUGUUCAGCGACCGUAGAAAUCACUGAAAUUGAGUGAAGAUUGGUGAUUUUAAAGACAAUCAGUAAUUGACCAUUAGUGUAAAGAAUACCAUCAGCAUUUUCUGGGUCUCUACAUAGUCGAGCAUCUGAAUUACCUUUCCAUAAAGAGAACAGCUAUCAUCUUUGGCAUUUUAAUUCAACAAAAAGAAAAAGAUGCCAAGGUGCAUUGUUAAAGGCUGUCAAACUAAGCAGCUUCACGCGAGACCCACAGGUGAUGCUUCAAUGCAUACGUUUCCAACUGCUCCUGAAAGAAUUAAAUUAUGGCUUGAGAGCACUGGACAAUACACUGAAAACAUUGACAGUCUUGUCCAGGAGAUUGCUACUAAGAAAAGGAGUGGAAACCUACGAAUGUGUUCGAAACAUUUCACUCCUGAUUGCUACGAGACUGUUGGAGUGAGCAAACGCCUUAAAAAAGAUGCUAUACCUUCUCUCUUUGGUGCUGGAACACUGGUACAAACACUGGUACAAACUCGCCCCAUGGUUAAAAUUAUGCCAGCCCCUUCAAUUUUUCAAAGUAAUACAACAGUUACAGAAAACUCCUGGCCCGCUUAUAUUUUACCAACACACACUGAAGAUAGAUUUCAGCCUCCUCCAGCUAAAAAAAUGGAUGAUAGUUUUGCAGGUGAAAUCACGGAAGAUGGAACUUACAAAGCUAAAGACACUUCAGAUCUAAGGACUGGGAUAGUCCCAAUGGAUAAUAGCAAUAAAAAAGCAGUCAUUUGCAUGCAAUGUGCCACCAAACCACCCAAUGCCAAGAAAGCAAAUAAAAGGACAACCACGCAUGGCUUAAUUCGUUCCAGGGAUAUCGGCACAUGGACAGGCCUGUAUGAGGACUUUGUGGCAGAACGUGUUUCUGCUGGGAUUGACAUGUCUUCUGUGUCCUACAAUUUUGCAUCUGUAUCAAAGCAGUCAAAAACUCAGAUAUCUUCUUUGGAAACCAAAAGAUCUCAACGUCACCAAACUCCAACCAAUAAAUUAUCAAAUUCAAUGUCACCAGCUCGAACUGCUGGUGCAACUGUUUGUAAGGGUAAAGUUAAACGUCUGUCAGAUUCACAUUCAGUAUUGGAUGAAUCAUCUGACAGUUUAUACAGUCAAUAUGAUGAGGCCUCCAUCGCUGAGACUGGUGACAUUUCUUUAGGUGACUUUUCCAAUGGAAGUGAUCAGAAGAAGAAUCCUUUUGAAGAAAGGAAAUUUAUAGUGUUUGAAUCCAAUCUGGAUAAGUUAUUAAACAAACUGAAAUGCUCUCAUAAUGGCACAUGCAAUGCACCAAUCAUCCAGAGUAAAAAAAAUAUUGCUGGGACAAUGGUGACCGUAUAUGGCGAUUGUCUGCUUGGUCACAAGGUUAUGUUGUGGCAAAGUCAACCAAGGAUAGGCCAGAUGCCUGUUGGUAACUUGUUAUCGUGCACUUCACUCUUGUUUAGUGGGAGCAUUUACAACAAAAUAGAGGAGUUUUUCCAACUGUUCAAGAUCCCUUUUAUUUCUCCUAAAACCUUUGGAAUGUAUCAAAAAAAAUUUCUUUUGCCAGCCAUUGACCAUCGUUGGAAGAAAGAGCGUCAAGCUAUAAUAAAUUCACUGCAAGGUAAAAUGUUAUGUCUGUCCGGUGAUGGAUAUCAUGACAGAAAGGAGUUUCAUGCUAAUCGGUGCACAUAUACAUUGAUGGAAGAAAAUAGCAAAAAAAUAAUAGACUUCCAUAAUGCUCAGGCUUCGGAAACCAGUUCCAUGAUGGCUGUGGAAUCUAAAGCUUUUAGACGAUGUGUCAACAAUAUCUUUAAUGAUGGUUUGAAAGUUUAUUUAAUUGCAACAGAUAAUCAUACAAGAAUUAAAAAAGUUAUGGCGGAAGAAUAUAAAGAUAUAAGACACCAGUUUGAAAUAUGGCACUACACGAGAAAUCUGCGUAGAAAAUUAAUAUUGAUUGCCAAUAAGAGAAGCAACAAAGCAAUUACACCAUGGAUAUCAACUGUACUUAAUCAGUUAUGGGUUGCAAGUGCAGUCUGUGAAGGGGAUGCCAAUUCCUUACGGGAGGAAUGGAACACCAUAACAUACCAUGUGACAAAUCAACAUACCUGGGAAGGUGGCACUAUCAAACGUGGGUGUCAUCAUGAUGAUUUAAGCAAAGAGGAGGAAAAGAAGUGUCCUUGGUUGGUAAAAGGUACAAAGGCUGUGUUUGACCUAAGUGAAUUUGUUCAUGACAAACAAAUUCAACAAGAUUUGACUCAGCUAACGGAGUUUUGUAAUGCUGCAAAUACUGAUUUUCUGCAUAGCAUGUUGCUUAAGUACAGGCCAAGGGGUUUCCACUUUAAAAUGAACUGCAUUGAGGCUAGAACCAAGCUAGCAAUUCUAGCCCACAAUGCGAAUAUGGAGAAACCACAAUUCCGAAAACAGCUAUGCAGCCCCGGAAAAGGGCCAUUUGGUGCUUUACAACACAAACCUUUUCUUUCUUACCCCAAAAAUCAAGAUCACCUCAAACCUGUAUAUAACAGUAUAACAAAUGACCAUCUGCAUAAUAUUAUGAAUGAUGUUUUUAGAUUGGCUUCUGGAACGCUUUUACGUGAUUAGCAGCAACAAAUUGUUGCCUAAAAAUAUACUAACUCCAUGUCCAGAAAUGAUCGGUAGUGAUACUGACGCUACUUGCUAGCAGGACCAAACAAUAUGGAUUACAGCAGCUUCAAUUUUUUUUUUUUUUUUUUUAUUGAAAUAAACUUUAUUCUAAAUAUUUAUUUUUUUUGGGCGAGGGGGGGCUUGAGAAAGACAUCAAUUAUUUAUUAUAUUAGAUUAAUGUGACUAUUAGAAAUAUACAUUAGGUGUAAUCUAAUAAAGCCCUACUCCUUUAAUGGGACACUCAAGUCAAAAUUAACUUUCAUGAUUCAGAUAGAGCAGGUGAUUUUAAACAACUAUCUAAUUUAUUUAUGUUAACAAACUGUGCACAGUCUUUUUAUAUUUACACUUUUUGAGUCACCAGCUCCUACUGAGCAUGUGCAAGAAUCCAUAUAUGGAAUUGGGAUUGGCUGAUGGUUGUCAAUUGAUACAGGAGGAGUGAAAAUGGACCUAACAUUGGAAUUAUGCAAAUCUACUUUAUUUACUGGUCCUUUUAAUAUGACUUUCUUUUUUAAUUUUGGUUUUGUGAUGCUAUACAUUCUUCAUGUUAAAGGGAAAGGAAACCCCCACAUUUUCUUUCAUUAUUCGCAUAGAAUAUACAAUAACAAACAAUUUUUCAAUUUACUUCUAUUAUCAAAUUUGCUUAAAGGAAUAGUCUUGUCAAAUUUAAACUUUCAUGAUUUGGAAAGAGCGGGCAACUUUCUAAUUUACUCCUAUUAUCAAUUUUUCUUUGUACUCGUUGUAUCUUUAUUUGAAAAAGUAAGAAUGCAAACAUAGGAGCCAGCCCAUUUUUUUGUUCAGCACCUGGGUAGCACUUUCUGAUUGGUGUCUAAAUGUAGCCACCAAUCAGCAAGCGCUACCCAGGUGCUGAACCAAAAAAUGGGCCGGCUUCUAAGCUUACAUUCAAAUUAAGAUACCAAGAGAAGGAA